GUUUGAAUUUUUUUUAUCAGAAUGCCUUUUGAUGUCAACAGUGUGGACAAGUAGUCAGAAAACGUACGGUCAUCUGCGAAAGGUCUGCGUAAUAAUACUUUGGAAACGGGUCGAAAUCGAUGGAUCUUCAUUUGGAAUUUGUUAGGGAAAGUGAAUGAAGGUCCCUGUUUUUAAUUCCAUACCUGUGUUAAUACCUGGAGACUAUAUGCCUUAUUAAAGUUAAGAGCAACAAUAAUAUGCAACAGUAGGUGCAAUCAUGGCCAGACAUCAUAAAGUUCUCUAGCCUCGGCUUUUCUGCUUGCUGAUACGGCAGAGCAGAACCAUAUUGGGAUUGGGAGGUCCCCCACACAUCAAUCAGCAUCAUGCCAUUCCAAGCCCCACAGUGGACAGAGGUCCUCUCUUGCCCGGUGUGCUGCAAGGACUUCAGCCCUAGCGGACGUCAGCCGGUCAGUCUCUCUUGCGGUCACACAGCUUGCAGGAUGUGCCUGAGUAAGCUUCAUCGUCAGCAGUGCCCGUUUGAUCAGACUGCAAUUUCAAAAGAUGUUGACAAGCUCCCGACUAACUAUGCCAUCCUCCAGCUGAUUGCUGGGGAGGAGGUGAUGAGGGACCCAAUGAGGCAUCGCAUUCCCGAUGGCUUGAAACCUUCCGAGUUUGAGAACUACCUUGCCACGCAGGGUGUCAUUGAAGAACUAGCUCUUUACCUGAAGGUUCUCAGCAAAGCUCCACCCAGUAACCUGAAUGGAACUCAGAAUGGUACCACACCCCUCCUUAGCCGUCCCAUCCAGCGUAAACUAGUCACGUUGGUCAACUGCCAGCUGAUUGAGGAAGAAGGCAGGGCGCGCGUUGUCAGGGCGGCCAGAUCUCUGGGGGAGAGGAUAGUUACAGAGCUUAUCAUCCAGCAUCAGAACCCACAGCAGCUCUCCACCAACCUGUGGGCUGCUGUGCGUGCCAGAGGCUGUCAGUUUCUUGGACCUGCCAUGCAGGAAGAAACGUUGAAGCUUGUUUUACUGGCUCUUGAGGAUGGGACACCUCUCUCUCGCAAGGUCCUGGUCAUGUUUGUGGUUCAGAAACUUGAGAUGCAGUUUCCUCAGGCCUCCAAGACCAGCGUAGGUCACGUGGUUCAACUCCUCUACCGAGCGUCCUGUUUUAAGGUCACCAAGAGGGAAGAGGAAUCCUCUCUUAUGCAGCUGAAAGAAGAGUUUCGUAACUAUGAUUCCCUGAGACGCGAGCAUGAUACUCAGAUUGUUCAGAUAGCCAUUGAGGCUGGGUUGAGGAUAUCACCUGAGCAAUGGUCAUCUCUUCUCUAUGGCGAUCUCAAUCAUAAAUCCCACAUGCAGUCCAUCAUUGACAAGCUCCAGACUCCAGCCUCCUUCACCUCCAGCAUCCAGGAGCUAACCAUAUGUCUCCAGCGCUCCGGGGAUCCAGUCCGCUUGGCCCAGCUCCGCGCCCAGCUUGAGAAAUUGGCAGCCAUUGACCCAAGUCCAGGUGCAAUGAUUUCCUCAUGGGAAGGCAUAAUGUCUGCAGUUGAUGCAGUCAGGAAAGUCCUCAAAGGUUUGAUGGAGUUCCUUCAGAACUACCCCCAGAACAAGAAGACUCUGGACCUUCAGACACAGAACAUCAAGUACAAGACCAGUCUCUGUCGGGAUGUCAUGCAGAAGGGAGGCUGCCCUCGGGGUCCAAGCUGCACGUUUGCACACUCAGAGGAAGAGCUAGAGAAGUACCGUUCAAAAAGCCGUCAACUGCUGUCAUCCCUGAACAAGAAUUCAGGUUUUUCUCGGGGAGACAGCUCCUUGGGCAGCUCCUUGAACAGCUCCUUCAGCGAGAGUAAGAAUGAGAUGACCAUCAAGUCUAUGCCAAGUACCACAAUAAGCAGUUCAAUGGAUCAGUCCAAGUACAGUGUUGAUGAUGAUCGCUCCACUCCGAGGCUCGGCAGCGAGUCUCGCUACGGCAGUGUGUCUCAACUGCUUUCCGACCAGGAAAGAACGCCCUCUGUUGUUGGAUAUAAGUCUGAAUCAGGCCAGACCCACAGACCCCCUACCAGUUCAUUCAAUUCAAUCAGUUCCACUGAAAAACAUGAUGAAGACCGUCUAGAUGAUGAUAUACAAGCGUCUUUGUAUGGUCUCAAAGCUCGUAACAAGCAGCAGGCAUUGACGAAGGAAGCUGGUAACUCCGCUUCAGAGCUCCCAUCACGCCUUCAUUACCCUGGGGUCCUGCCAAGCAGCAAUGCCAAGAUGUACCUAGCCAGUAGGAGCAUGAGCAUGAAUUCCACCGAGUCUUCUAUGGAGGUGGAGCCAGAGAGGACAUCCAGUGUGGGAGGCAGUGGUGGUGGACCGAUGGUUCACCAUGAAGCCAAGAGGAGAUUACCAGAUCCAGAGAUUGACAGAUAUUCUACACCACCUGAGGAUGGGUACUUUUAUGAGAGGCGAAUGCCCCCUAAAGAGGCUCCUAGUGGCUAUAAUGGUCAUGCUCCUCCAGCUCCUCCAGCUCCUGCAUCCCAUCCCCGUGUCCUGGUGCCCACCAUGCCCCGACCACCACCGCCACCAUCCCAGGGUGAUCCAUAUGAACGCCAGGCAGACAAGCAUCCUUACCCUUAUCAUCGCACCAACGGUGGUGGAUAUCUAUACCCUGAAUCCCAGGUGAUACCACAGACACCACCAGCGGAGCCAAGGCAGUACCAUAGACCAGUGGUGCAGCGUUACUUUGAUCCUCACACCAUGAAGGCGUAUGAUGUGGUGCCUGUAGAAGACUAUGUUGAGCCCUCGGCUCCGCCAGCGUCGCUGUUGCCAAGCCAGAGGUACAAGCUACAACCCAUGUAUCAUGGAGAUCCUGAUUACUACCCAUCACAUGAGCGAAGAGGACACCGGGUGACUGACCUGAGACAGCCACUACCAGUUGGUAGCCAGCAGAGGAUCCCUGGUCAUCAUAUCCCUGAUGAUGCCCCCAAGAGACCAGAGAUUAAGAGGCCUAAGUUACCAAGUCACAAGGCAGUAGUCUCACCGCCCCAACCGAAACCACCUCUUAGAGUUGAGAGAGGACCCAGCCUGACUGAGUUGAAGGAGCGCCAAUCCUACCUGGUGACCAUGCUUGAUGAAAUCCAGGAUGAUAGUGAUACAAAGGAUGAAGAAGCUAUUAUCUCCUGGAGCAAACCCUCAAUUUCUAACAACCCUACCACCAGCGUUUGGUCCAACGCGAACAAUGCCCCUCCUGGGUGGACAUCACCCAGUGAUAACCUUUGGGGAACGUCCACUUCAUCAAAGGGAGCAGUAUCAGCAGGCCUGAGCUUCAGCUUCACUGGAAUCGAGGAUGAUGAUGAUGAUGAUAUCGACCACCGAAAAAAUGGUAUUGACGUUGAUACGGAAGAGGAGAUAGAGACUUCCAAGUUUGAUGAUGAUGAUGAUGACAAUGCAGAUCAGGAUGACAGGUGUGAGAGUGAAGUUGGAAGCUACAAUCCCUGGACGAGCACGUCUUUGUUUCUGCCAAACACUGGAAAGGCUGUAAAAGAGACGGCAACCAAUUACACCAUGACUUACAGCAAGGUGUUGGUACGGCACGUCUCGACGAAUGAAGAUGAACAGCUGCAGAAGGCACCUCAUGGCUCGCACAACAUGGGGGACUUUGAGAGGAUGUCUAUGCAUGAACUGAAGAGAACCUUGAAGGAGGUUGAGCAGCAGGAUCAGAGGGCUGGCAGCAGUCACUUUGAGCGUGGUCACAAGAUUCAGAUCGAGAUGGGUCGUAGAGAGGAGGAAACCCCCGUCUCUUUACCCCACUUCUCAAGCAGCUCUGCCCCUUUGCCAGCCCAGCUUGUUAGUAAAGAACCCAUCCUGCACAUGUACACCAAGUACCCCCAUGCAGGGGCUCUUGCGUCUUCAUAUGGACCAGUGUCUGGUUCCGCCAGGGCUCUAGGAAGUAACACAGGACCUUUGAAGGUGAGUGCUGGCAUGGUGGAGAACACAAUGCCUGUCAACAUGACUGUUCAGGAUUGCCAAGUCGCUCCAGGGUUCCAGACCCCUGAGGGAGAUGGCUACUACAUCAGGACACCGCAAGGACCUUCAGUGGAACUUGAAGAUUCAAUUCUUAAAGAUGACUGGGUGACGAAUGUGGAGAAGCUUGUCGAGAGUGAUCCACAAGCUGAAGAGAAACUCAAACAAGCAUUGAGUCAGGUUAAUACCAGGAUACAAGCCAAGGAAACAGCAAAGCAUGCCCACAACACGUUUAUAUUAGACUUUGAAGAGAAGAUAUUGGAGAACAUGAAUUCUGAUAAAGACCAUCGGCCCGGAGGCAAUGUCACCCACAAGAUGGAAUCUCAGCAGACCAUUCCAGCCCACUCUGAAAGCAGGGCUGUUCAGAUGCAGGAGUCGAUGCUAUCCCGUUUCGCCCAUCCACCCAACCAUCACCCCAGGGAUCGAUGGGUACAACAGGGGGGUAGCCCAGACCACGCCUCAGGUUACCAGUACGUGGACCAGCACCCAAUGGAUGCAUACCCCAGCUCUCGGCCCCAGUACCCUCAUCUUGUCCCUGCUGGGGGCAGGCAGGUUAGGUAUGGCCCUCCGGUACCUGCAGCAGCUUGCCAUGGACCGAUAGAUAGGCCAGGGAUUCAUCCGUCAAACAAGAGGCAGAUGAUGGAAGCAGAUCGUCAGUAUGCCAAGCAGGUGCAGGACAAGGAACGGGAAGAUUACUUGCGACACUUGGAGGAAGUCCAAAGGAAACAUGACCAGAUGGAACGCAUGGAGCAGCAGAAGAGAUUGCAGGAGGAGCAAGACAGAAAGAUGGCCAGAGAGGUGGCCAUGAGGGAGGCCAUGUCCAGGAGGUACAACAACUACACCUAGUGCUGGAGCUUGUAUGCUGGGUUUGAGAUGGCCAGGGGGUAAAGCAGUUAAGUACCUCUGGUGGUGGGUUUGAAUGUACCAAGGGGUACAGCAAGUACCCCUUGUGUGGUUUUAGAUGGCCAGGGGGUAUGAUAAUGACACCUCUGUUGGUAGGUUUAAAUGUAAAGGGAGUUCAGCAAUUAAGAAGUGAUGCUCUCCCCAAGUAAGUGUGACUUGUAUGCUUAAAAUCAAAGUUGAUUCUAUAUGAGAAGUCUACAGGGGUGUGAGAGUUCAGAUUUUUAUCUGAUUUCAGAUUUUUUUGUUAUGAUUUUCAGCUGAAUUUCAGCUUAUAUUUGGCUUUCCUCUAUACAAAAAGUAUGGGAGCUCUUUCUAUUUCAGACUUUUUUAAUACUCUUCUGCUUUUUACAGAUCUUUUCAUUUGUGACCACUCACACCCCUGAGUCUAAUACCACUGCUGGAAAGCUGUUACGUAUAUUUGUCAUUACUAUUAUAUUGUGUCAUGCUGAUUUACUAGUUGAUUGCACUGUUCACUAUUUCUUUACAUGCAUGUAUAAGCAUUUGAUAUGUAUUCUUACAGAGGACUAUAUAGGGGAGCAGGAUAUUUCCUAUUUCCUCAUUGAUCCUUAUUUGUAUUGUUUCACACUCAUAUAAUCAUAUAAUUGGCAAUAUAUACCAUUGAUACAUAAAAUUUAUUCUAACUGCAAAAAAUACCAUUUUAAAUUGUUUUGUGUGUAAUGUCUGCUGUAUUAAAAUCGCAAAUUCUUUUCUUUAUUUGCUGGAAAACAGUUGUAUAUUAAAGGUUUAUGGAAUGGUAGAAAGGAUGCGUUUUAACCUGAAGUAAAGUUUAUUUUCCCUGAAUCUUGAGAACAGGAUAUUUACACUCAUACUACACUCAUUACUAUAAAUUUACUUCAUUCUUUGAAAAUAAUUCAAGGUCCUUCUAGCCGUACAAAAAAAACAACCUUUUCUGUUGUCCUUGAAUUUGAAAUCAGCAAUACCAACUUGACCAAAAUCAUUGAGGCGAAGGAGGAGAGAUGGCAGUAUGAUGCCAUGAUUUUGUCAUUUUGUAAAUGACACUGGUCAACUUCUGCAGUCAUAUUCAUCUCUCACGUCCCAUAAUCAAUUUUGGCCUUCUGAAAAUUAAGCAGUAUUAAUGUUUAAUACUCUGAUAUUUUCUGUAAGCAGAAAUCAUCAGACGGUGAUGGGCAAGGUCGGUAUUAUUCCUUUGAUGUAUUCCAAAUCCAACCUAAAAGCUUUAAAUUAUGGAAAUCAUUUGCAUUUGUUUUAGAAUCCAAAUGACUUACACUUUAUUCCUGCACAAAAAAUAUGUCAUGGUCAAGGUCAAAGGUCAAGCCUUUGAAAAAAGAAAUGUUGAAAGCUGAUUUUGAAAUUUCAAUAGCUUUAUCUCCAUCCAUCUUGAAAAUUAGUGGCAAAUCUAAAUUGGAAGUAACCUGAGGCAAAUUUACUAUGUAAGAAUGCUUUCUGGUUUUCUCUCCAAUAUAUGUCUACCAUUCUUUUAUUUUCAGUGAGUUGGCAACAACUAAUUUGUGAUGAUGAUACUAACAGCAUACAAUUUCAAGUCAACUGGCUUUGAAGUUAUCAUCCGUAAGGGCUUGAAUCAAUCUAAUACUAUUACAGGCUAUACUUAUUUCUUUUGUUUUAAAGUGCACACUUACCAAUAAUGCAUGUAGCAUCUCCAUUUAUUUGAAUGCAGGAUUAAAAAGCAUUUUCCAUUAAAUACAUUGCUCACGGGCAUAGGUGCCGGGGAUCGCACCCUGGACUCCAUGUACAGCCAGGCGCCUUAGACCACUCAGCCACGGCACCUCCACUAGAUGCCUAGUUAACUGGCCUUGAUUCACUUCACCCCCCCCCCCAUGUGUGUCGUAAGAUAGAAAUGCGCUUAGUUGAAAAUUAGUCUUGUCCUAAAAGAAUGUCCAAAUAUGAGGCCUGAGACUACUCAUUGCUUUAGCUGUGUUUUACUGUAAUUUAGAUUUCAAGAAAUUAUCAAGUACUUGUAUCACCUUUGGUGGAUAACAGUAAAUGUACAUGUAUGUGCAAUGAAUGCCUUUUUAAAGGAUGGAACUGCUUUAAUGGGAUUUGAACCCUCCCCCCAUUGAUUGUUCAGAAUCAUGGUCAUUAACCACUUUAUUAUUGAUAUGAAUGGUAAGUGUAGUCUUCCUACAAACAAGAUGAGAUGGUCCAAAAAUGUGUGUCAAGGUAAAUGGGAAUAACUCUAUUGACUUUAUAAUGCAGAGAUGAAAGAAGCUACUGAAGAGAUUGUAAGGAGCAGCUGGUAUUUAUUGUUAGCUGUUUUGAAUGUUAAUAAUCAAAGAGCAUGAAAAGCCUUAAUUUACUUUUUGUGUUUUAUAUAGCUUUAACUCUGCUAUUUACAUUGUAUAAUGGAUUUUGUAUCUACCAUUUUACUACUGUAAAUAAGUUCAUAACUUUGGUACCUUAUUCUGUGUUUAACCAGCAGUGAUAUAUAUUUACCAAUUUAUUUAAGCAGUUACAAUCGUAUUAUCUUUCUCAGUGAUAUUAUUCUCAAAAUAAGUGUUUGAUGUCAUCCAUGGCUUUUCAUUGCCCAUUGAUUUACUUCAAAUUAUGCUUAGCAAUUUGAGAUUUUUUUUUUUUAAGAUGAUGCUGGUAGUCUGAAAGAAAAUGCAUUUGAUGAUUGCUUAUCAUAAUGUAUGAUAUAAUAAUGUGAUCAUACUUAUACUGUAUCAACUUAAAAAUUGAAUUAUGAAUACGCAUGUAUUAUAUGUAAAGUAUAUUCAUUUCAUGUACAUGUAUGCCUAUUUUAAUCCUUGCAAGAUUGUAUUUUUACCAUGUAGGGUCACUCUAGGAGUGGAAUACCAGCUCUUAUUCAUACAUUGAAAUAGGGCUUGAUAAACUUACAAGGAAUUGGCGCAUUAAUUAGGGCCUGUAUUGAAAGGAUACUCUUUCGAGGUGUAUUUCUAGAUGAUGCACACCUUUCAGCAAUUCUUAUUUUAUACACCCGAUUCUUAUUUUCGGGAAAAAGGAAGUUGUUUUUCUGGAUUACAUAUUCUGGUAUAUGCGGUAAGUCAGAGAAAAUUCUGGAAUAUGUCAAUAUUUGGGUAACGAGACAUCUGCCUCUGCGACAAUUACUUUGCCGCUUAUAUCUCUGAAGAUAUGAUAUGAAGGUUUGGGACGCAACUUGCGAUUUUUUUAUUUUUUUUUUAUUUAGAAUGACGUAAGGAUUAUGAUUGAAGGUUAAAGAUAUUGGCUUAGUGUGUGGGUGUUCGGUAGGAGCAAUAUUUGUAACAGGAGCAAAUGUAAUGGAUUAGAUAUUUGACAUUUCUAAUUCAUUUAGUCAAAUUAUUCAAUACUCUUUGUAAGUGUAAUUUCUUCAUUUCUCAUGGUUUGAAUUCACCUUUAUUCCAUUAUUCCAUAUAAUGUAAUAUCACCCAUAUCAGACAUCUGAGCUGGUCAUUUACAAAACCGCAUUGCCCUACAUUCUCUGAAUAUCAGGAAGGGAUAGGUAUAUUGUUUGUAUUUUCUUCGGUCUCAAUGCGCGUAUUUACUUUGCAUGCAGAGGCGAUGUAAAAUAUACCUAUGUAUUUUCCCUGGUCUCACAUCCGGGCAUUUGAGGAUGCGUAUAAAGAGAUACGCUUCAUAAUGAUCCGCGCACCAACAAUAUACGUCAUAAUAAAGACAACACUGGAUCCGGGAGCUUGCAAGUAUGUCAUAAUGGUAAAGUGCAGAGCCUAGACCCUGAUAUUAACAUGACACAAUAGAACUCUAUUUUAAAAAGAAAUAUCCCCAUUAUCAUGGUUUUUGCUCUAGAUAUCUGAUUUGGAUGAUAAUAGAAAUAUUGACUAGCUCGUCUUUCGGGGAACAUUAAAUAUAUUGCCCUUAAAUGACCCAUAUUGCCCUCGUCUAAAGACUCGGGCCAAUAUGAUUCUUUUGCUGGCAAUAUAUUUGAUGUUCCCCUCAAGGCCAGUCAAUAUUAUAUAAUUAUCCCCUCCUUCCAUCAUGCACCCAUCCUUGUCACUUUGUUUUGUUUUAGGUCAUAUAAAGCAUAGUAAAGUUAUAAGGAAAUUAACUUUAAAAAGUACUGUCUUUAUAUUAAAGGCUUGUUUUUUUCCUUUCAUCUCUGAAGAUCACAUUUAUUUGUCCCAUGCCAAAAGCACAAAGAAUUCGCACAUGGGAUCUUUGGAGUAUAAAUUGGGCAGCGUUUCACAAAACAAUGGAGAUUGUAUAGUGAUUACUGACACUUACUGAUGGCAUCUUUUUCCCUCUGGCCAGGGAAAAAAAGUAAUCAGUGCCAAACCUUUUUGGAAAUUCACUAGUUAAUUGUUUCAUUUUAACAUUUUAUUUGUCAGUGAGAGUUGUUCGAUAGUGAAAUUUUGAAGAUUCUAGUAAAUGAUGUCCAUUAUUCCACCACUCCACUCCAUUCCACUCCAUUCUACCUUUCUAUUCGUUAAAGCACCUUUAAAGGCACAUUUUUUUCCUGCCUUAUUGCAUGUUUGCAAGAAGCACUGUUUUAGACUCUAACAAGUUAGUGGUGUCAAAAUCAAUUUUCAGAAGUCUAUAUUCUGUCAUAUGUUAUGAGAGAAUUUGUAGGGUUUCCAAGUUGAGCGAGAUGCUGUUCCAGUUUUCAAGCAAAGGCAUCUCUUCUUUAAACUGGCAUUCAAAGACAGUUUGUGAGAGGACUUUCAGAGUGAGAAGUCUUCUUUUUUUUUAAGAGAGCCAUGUUGGGUCGUUAUGUUUUGAUAAAAACACAUGUGUACACUUUAAAAGUCAGAUGUGAAGACUAUGACCAUUCAAAUUGUUUGUGGGUGACUUUGAUAUAUUUGUAACUUUUCAUUGUGUCUUUAGGACACAUAGAAGGGCUAUAUAUACAUGUUUUGUUAUGCUGUGAUUUAGUGGUAGGUUUUACUGCACUAGAUAAUUGAAAAUGCUUGCUAGUUAUUGUACACUUGAAUGUAUUAAAGCUUGUAGUGUAAGUUUGUAUGUAUAGGUAACAUUAUCAUUGUCUUGUUGUUGGCUAUGUGUAUACUGCUACAUACUUAUGUUCUACAUCCAUGUACCUGUAAGAUAGAUACCCUUUGUUUAUUGCAUGUAUCAUCAUUUCAUUUAGUGUGUGUUGUAUAACUAUAGUGAUUGAGUCAUUUGAUUCUAUAAUUGACUUUUUUUAUGUCAACUGAUUUGUCUUCUCGGCUGUCUGAAAUGUAGUUUAUGAAUAAUAAUCGCCUCCCAUACAAUUAUCAAACAUCGUUUGAUUAUUUUUUUUUAGUAUGAUAUGAUAAUCAUAGAAAUGAGAUUUCUUUUUCAUCUUGAAUCAUCGAGAUUAUUUCCCUGUGAUAUAUGAUCUAGUCAUUAAAAGUAUAUUUCCAUUCAAAGUUUUGACCUUGAUACUGGUAUAUCCCAGAUGUAUCAUGUGGGUAGUGUCCCAUGAAGGUUUGUGUCAGUGAAUGCCAA